GAUGAACGUCCUUCUUGAAAACAAUAACACCACCAGCUGUUCAGACUUUAACAUUUGAUUGACCGCCAUGUUGUCCUCCACUGUCCUGUGUUUCCUGCUCCUCCGACCGCUCUCUGCCUCUGAAGAGCCAGAGGAGUUAACGGUGAAGCCCGAGCAUGACGUUACUCUCGGGUGUCGGGCUCCCUCCGACGGCGCCGUCACUCUGCUGGAGUGGAACAUACGUAACCUGAAGGACGACAGCUACGUCUUCUUCUACAGGAACCAGCGCCCGUACGAGAAGUACCAGCACCCGCGUUACCGGGGCCGGGUGGAGCUGAGAGACCCGGAGAUGAGGCACGGAGACGUGUCCGUUAUUCUGAAGAACGUCAGCGUCAACGACACCGGGACGUACGACUGUCGAGUUAUAAUCGCCGGGGGCAACGAGAGCAGGCAGCUCGUCAACCUGACUGUCACCGACUCCGAUCCCACAGCUGGACAGGAGGGCGGAUAUCCUGGACUCGUGGUCGGUCUGUCAGUUGCUGCAGGCCUUUUUCUUCUUAUUGUUAUUGUUCUUCUUUCUGUUCUGUGUUAUAAACGGUGUAACGGUCCCACAAAGGACCCUGCGUACAAAGCUCCGGCUGCUGAAAGCACCGAGGGGACCUGAGUGUCUGAGUCCUCCAGCUGAAAGAAUCAACAGUUUAGAAAAGACCAAUCUGUUCAAUAAGAGUUAAGCUUGUAGAAAUGAUAACGCAGCCGUUAACACGCUCAUAUCAGCCGUUUGUGAUUUUCAUAAUAUCCCAUCACACCUUUUGACUUCUCAAGCUUCAGCAUCUGAAAACUGGAAUGUCUUCUAUAAUCUGUAAUGAAAGCUCGUUAAUGUUCUCCUGACAGUUAAAUAAGCUCGUUAAUGUUCUCUGUUUCUCUGGCAAACAUCUAAAUAGAUUGAUUAGACAGAUGAUAAUUGAAUGUAUACAAGUGUUCAAAGAUUUAAAUUGUAAUGUAGAUCAGACAGCUGAUUGAAUGUAUAAAUGUCAUAUCUCUGUAUGACUUCUUUAUGUUUCACUUUCUGCACUUUAAAUCUAUGUUCUUAUGUUGCACAGCACUUUAUUUCACCUCUUGAGUUUUAUUCUGUAAAUAAAUAUGUUAAGAUU